GUUCAAGUACAAAAUACAUCAAAAGGUCAUCAGAAAAUGUUGAUUUUUAGAACCUUAUAAGAAUAUAUAUCAAAUACUUAUAAUGUUAUAAGAAGUUAACAUUUCUAAGUUGCUAAAAAUGCUAGUGAAAGUGAGAGUGUUCCCUAUUGGGGUGACAGCUUUGAUUUCUGAGAGUGUAACUCUGUUUUUAAUCAUCUUUUUUAUUAAUUGAUUAUCCAACUCAAUGUCAACUGUUUAUCCUUGUCUUUUUCUCUCUUCACCAUGUAAUAGGGAAGGUAAGCCAGUAUGAGAUGAGUACGUACUGCUUAAAGCCUAAACAUUAGCCGUAUUCGUGUACUAAUCACUAAUUGUGUCCUCAUGGAAAUCUGAGUUUGGUCCUGAGGAAGUUCUGUGUGCUAUUGUGCUAUUUUAGCCUGUGAGCGUUUGACUUUAGAAUAGCUUUUGUGCUCAGCUUCAUGCCCAGUGGAGUUGAGUUACUCAAGUACUAAUAUUAGUAUGUGUAGAGUGAUAUUAAACAUGUCUGUUUCCUAAUAUCUAAUAUUUUGGUGCGUUGUAAAUAAAAUUGUGUAAAAAUGACACUGAAUUAUUUUAACGCAUUAUAUGGUCCAUUAGAUUCUGAAUAUGAACUUUAUCAAAAUGUCAUUUACAAGCUGUUGUGUGGAUCUCAAUGUUCUGACAAAUGUUAAAGCUGAUCUGUCGACUUGAUUCAGCAUCUUGAUCAUGCAAAUGUUCCUCUUAUGCUUCUGAAUGUAUUUGCUUCUAAUCGUUAUUAUGUUCACACUGUAGUGGAGGAAACCGAAGAGGAAGGUAAAACCGUGUUCGCUGUGUGUUGUGUUGCUUUUCCUGCAUGAGUUUAAAUUUAAGAUUAACUCCAAAAUAUAAUUUGAUUAGAAUUAGAUCAUAUUGGUGACCUAAAACCAUUAGAAAGCCCAUUUAUUUUUCCUUUAUAGACUAGAGUCUUUCACAUGCAUGCAUGCAGUUUAUUUUCACAGUUAAUUGAUUCAGCUACUCAUCUUCAUUUAUGCUAUUAUUUAUUUCUUCCUUCUUUCUUUCAUUUAUUCUAUCAUUCCUCCUCCUGAAGUGGAAGGUAAAUUUUUCACAACAUAUACUAACUGUAUUCAGUAUUUAUGCACCCGUGAUAUCAUUGUUCACUCAUUUUUAAAUUGUUUUAAUGAUAUAUUACACCAUAGAAGGCCUUUGCCACCACACACAAAUUUCACAAUUAAAAUAUAUUAGCUUAAAAUAGUCACAAUUCAGAUUUUUUUUUAAUAAUUAGAAAAAAGUCAGAAUUUAAAGAUAUGAACUCAUAAUAUGAGAUUAAAUUUAAAAAAAAAUUCAAUCCUGUGGCAGAAACGAGCUUCCAUAGUUAAGCAACUUCAUCAGUAUUUUUUGUGUAAAUCCACCUUUGUGUAAAAUUAUAAUAAUUAUAAACUUGCAUGAUAUUAAACAUGCAUUGCAUUAACUAAUCAUUUCUCUUCAAUAGUGCCGCCUCCAUCAGAGGAAGAACCAGCCCCUGAGGAGGAAGAGCCUGUGGAAGUAGAAGAGGAGCCAGAACCUGAACCACAAGAAGCUCCCGUGGAGGAGGAGGCCACAGAUGAGACAAAACCAAAGCCAAAAUUCAUGCCAAAUAUCAGUGCUCCAAAGAUUCCUGAGGGAGAGAAGGUGGACUUUGAUGACAUCCACAGAAAGCGUCAGGAGAAGGAUUUAUCUGAGCUUCAGUCUCUGAUCGAGGCUCAUUUCAUCCAGAGGAAGAAAGAUGAAGAGGAGCUGAUCGCUCUGGUCAACAGAAUCGAGAAGCGUCGCACCGAGAGAGCGGAGCAGCAGAGAAUCCGUGCAGACAAGGAGAAGGAGAGACAAGCCCGUCUGGCCGAAGAAAAGGAGAGAAGAGAGCAAGAGGAGCAGAGAAAGAAACAAGAUGAUGAUGCUAAGAAGAAGAAAGCACUUACCAACAUGACGCACCAGUAUGGAGGAAUCCAGCAGAAGGGCGAGGGCCGCAAGGGGGCGAAGAAACAGACGGAGAGAGAGAAGAAGAAGAAGAUCCUGGCCGAGAGGAGGAAGCCACUCAACAUUGAUCACCUGUCUGAAGAUAAACUGAAAGAGAAGGCCAGUGAGCUCUGGCAGUGGAUGAUGCAGCUGGAGGCCGAGAAGUUCGACCUCAGCGAGAAGCUGAAGAGACAGAAAUAUGACAUGAAUGUUCUCCAGACCCGAAUCACUGAACAACAAAAGUUUGCCAAAGGUCGUGGCAAGGGCAAGGUUGGCGGCAGGCUGAGGUAAACGUGCAGCGAAUCGAGGCAAUACAGAGAUCCAGAAGACUUCGUCACAUAUGCAUUAGUAGUCAUUACAAAACCAUCUUUCUGUUUGAUUGCACAUAUAGAGAUAGUAAAGUUCGUCAUGUUUUAUUUCUGCUUUUUUGUCUUAGACACACAAUUAUUCUGCACUCAUCAUUAAACUGUAUCAUUCAUUUUAUCCCUGCAACAUUAAAAGAGCCAAACUGCC